UUUUGACGGCAUGUCAUUUUUUUUCGCUCUGAUAUCUUUUGAGGUGACCUUCCGUUGCAGACCCUCGAACAGCAACAGCAACAUCGAGCUAGAGCUUCGCAUCCCAACAUCCCACUCACCGCACUCCGCCAUCAAACAUACCCUACUCGCCAACAAACCCCACCCGCCAACCCUGCACACCCUCCCACCAGAACUCAUCCGCCACAUCCUCUCCUUCACCCUCGACCACCCCACAUCCGGUCCCAACACCACCCUUCGGCAAAUGCUAGCGACGAGCAAUGCAUUGUUCGAGACGUAUCGUCGUGAUAGAGUCGUGACGGACUGCGUGGCGGUCGUGCUUGCCGAGCGGGCCGUUGGAAUCAUGUCGCGGAAUCGCACCGCAUGUACAAAGUCUGCCACCAAAGCAUCGACAUCGAAACCACCCACGACCUCUGAGACGGUCGCGGAAGACAUACUGCUGGAUCUGGCCCGCGAGUUGCGUGUCGCGUGCGUUGAUGCUAUGAUCCAGCGGAUCGGGGAGGGCGAUGGGCGGGCAAGAGGGGUUGUGAAGAUGUUGGGGAACUAUAGGGGGAUGGCGGUGGGGCUGAUGGGCACCUCGGAGGGGGAUUGGUGACGGCGGAGAUAGAGGAGGGAGGUUCCAUGGGUGUUGAGACAUCUUUUGGCGGAAUUGUGGAGCGGGAAUGUAUACAGCGGGACUGUUUAAUACUGUACAUCAGAACGAAACUCGCAUCAAGACGAGGGCUCGAUGUUUGACGAAGCAACUGAUUGCGACCGAUACAUUUUGUAUGAGGCUGUGUGGAUGGAACGAGUAACAAGGACAUUGCGACACUUGAAGCAUGUGGAUUUUUAG